AUGAGUACUAUUUUUACUCGAAAAAUAUUUGAUGUAACAAAUUGUAUUAUUACAUCAUCAUCAUCAUCAUCAUUACUAUUAUCACCAUCAUUAUCAUCAUUAUUAUUACAAUCUGUAACAUUUCCCUUACAACAAUAUUGUCAUCGUCAUCAUUAUCAUCAACAAAUUCAUCGAAUGACAUCAUCAAAUCAUAUUCUUACAUUGCAAAAUUUAAAUCCAAAUGUUAUUGCGAUGGAAUAUGCUGUACGUGGUCCAUUGGUUAUUCGUGCUUUGGCUAUUGAAAAAGAAUUGAAUAAGGGAAUAAAGAAAUCAUUUAAUAAUGUUAUCAAAGCAAAUAUUGGUGAUGCUCAUGCAAUGGGUCAAAAACCAAUUAGUUUUAUUCGACAGGUUUUGGCAUGUGUAAGUGAUCCAUCAUUAAUAAAUUCCGUAAAAUAUCCAUCAGAUGUUAGGCAACGAGCAGAAUUAUUACUCAGUGGUUGUGGUGGACAUAGUGUUGGCUCGUACAGCCAUAGUAGUGGUAUUGAAAUUAUUAGAAAACAUGUAGCAGAAUAUAUUGCUCGUCGAGAUGAUGGUAUUCCAUCUGAUCCUCAACAUAUACUUUUAUCUGCUGGUGCUUCAGAGAGUAUACGUAAUAUUUUAAAAUUAUUUAUUGAUAAAGAUGGUAGAAAUAAAAAAAAUGCUGUAAUGAUACCAAUUCCACAAUAUCCUCUCUAUUCUGCAACAAUUGUUGAAUUUGGUCUUGGAAUGGUAGGCUAUUAUUUGGAUGAAAGUAAUAAUUGGGCAUUGAAUAUUGAUGAACUUGAGCAUGCCUAUAAGAAAUCAUUGAAUGAAUUUAACACUCGGGUGCUUUGUGUUAUUAAUCCAGGUAAUCCAACAGGUCAAGUUUUAUCCAGAGAUAAUGUGGAAGAAAUUAUCAAAUUUGCUUACAAGAAUAAAUUAUUCCUAUUAGCUGAUGAAGUAUAUCAAGAUAAUAUUUAUGAAACGGAUCUCAAAUUUCAUAGUUUCAAAUCAGUAAUGAAAUCAAUGGGUGAACCAUAUUCGCAGAUUGAAUUGUGUUCAUUUCAUUCAUGUUCCAAAGGUUAUAUGGGUGAAUGUGGUAUACGUGGUGGUUACGUUGAGGUGGUAAACGUUGAUCCGGAAGUUUUCAAUCAUUUACAAAAAAUGACUUCAGCAAAACUUUGUUCAACUGUACUUGGACAAUGUGCAAUGGAUUGUGUAGUAAAACCACCACAACCAGGUGAACCAUCAUAUGAUCAAUGGUUAGAGGAGAAGACAGCAAUAUUAGAUUCAUUAAAAGAUCGUGCAAGAGCAGUGUAUGAAGCGUAUAAUUCAAUUGAUGGUAUUGAAUGUAAUCCAGUUCAAGGGUCAAUGUAUGCAUUUCCACGUAUUGAAAUGCCUCAAAAGGCAAUUGAUAAAGCUAAGUCAUUAAAUCAGGAAGCCGAUUUCUUCUAUGCGAUGGAAUUACUUGAAAAUAGUGGUAUUUGUGUGGUACCUGGAAGUGGUUUUGGACAAAAACCUGGAACAUAUCAUUUUCGGACAACAAUACUACCGCAAGGAGAUGUAUUGCAUGAUAUGUUGGAACGAUUCAAUAAAUUUCAUAAUAAAUUUAUGAAAGAAUAUUCUUAA